UGCGAAUCUCAAAGGCUAUGCUUUUGAGCAUGUUUAUACUAGAAUAUACUGCCAGUAUAUUUUGUCUACUUCAUAGCCGACUUGUUUGGUAGCCAGUUUCCUUCCUUCAUGAUCCUUCGUAAUCCGUUGUCGUAUCCAUGAGUCUUCCUAAAAUGGUCGUCGAGGAGUGGUUUUGGAAGCUGUCAAUUUGUCGUUAAAGUUAGUUUACAGCGAUCACACAGCCACGUUUUUGCGUUGUAGCUAGAAUUCUCAAGUAGCGACGCUUACUCUUUCGGAUAAUGAGCACGGCAUCCCUUACCCAAGCCUCCUGGCGGAACUGUGAAGAUAUACGCCGGCGCUGUUGUAACAGCAGAAUGCGAAAUAAAAGGAGAUGUUACAAUCGGAAGCCGCACGAUUGUUCAUCCCGCUGCGCACAUUAUUGCUGAAGCUGGGACCUAUCAUCAUAGGGGACAACAACCUUAUUGAAGAACAAGUCUACAUAGUCAACAGGAGAAAGGAAGGGGACCCCCCUGACUCGGAAAUCGUUAUGACAAUCGGGAACAACAACGUUUUCGAAGUUGGCAGUUGUAUCCUUCUGUGUCCUAUAAAAUUAAAAUGGGAUCUUUUGUUCCUUUGUUCGCCCUUGCCUUUGUUUUAUGAUCGUUUUGCGAAGUUUCACAACAUUCAGGAUAAGGUAGAAGUAGCACUCCAUAAAGAACUCUUUCUCACUACAAAAGGAGUUCCUUUGACUAUUUUUUACUCAGAUUCUGAAGCACUUGUAAUAGGCAACAAUAAUGUCCUCGAGUCAAAAAGUAAAUUGGGAAGAUACACUGAGCUGACCAGUGGUUGUGUCAUCGGGGCCAUGUGUGACGUCAGUACUCAUGAGAAGCUCAAGGAAAAUACAGUAAUAUAUGGCCGUACAUGUGAAAGGAGAAUUCAGAACGAAAAGCCAGCAACGCAGACGCUGCAGCUUGACUUCCUGACCAAAGUUCUGCCAAACUACCACUAUUUUUGGAAACCGUCCAAAGGAGAGCAAGUUCUUCAGCAGUUGAAGAAGUAGAGGUGGACAUUCGUGAGUGCCUGCUGCAGUUAAAGUGGUGGUGUGUAAAGAAAGGUGGUGCUGGGUUCUGUGGCAGAUACAUGCGUACAAAAUAAAACUAUAAUGCAUGA